UGGGAUGCGUCUGGAGCAAAGCGACUGGAAGUCAGACAGAGAUGGCAGCCGGAUCAGUGGAUCCGGAUACGAUCACCGUCAUGAUCCGACCCACCAAAAAGCCGCCUCUCGUGGAAUUUAUUGGCAUUCAAAAGCCCGUCAAGGUCUUGGUAUCUGACCACGAUGACGAUGCGAAUACAGUCACGAUUACUAUCACCACACAAGCGCACCUGGAUGGCAAAUUUUUGAGCCCAUGCUGCAGUGGCGAUUACACAACCAGCGUAGUCCUCUCGUAUGACUCUUGGAGAUGGCAAGCGGCAACACCUCCGACGCGCGAAGUGGACAUGCGCUGCUACUCAUCAGUUCCGACGUCGGCUAUGUGCAAGCCAUUCAGGAUUCGCGUCAAAGAAGCGUCGGCCUGCUACGUGAUUAGCAACAAUCUCUCGGUUCGCGAGUCAUGAUGUGUACAUUGCAAUCGUACACGAACGUC